UCCUCCCUCAGCGGCGGCCGUACACACGCGCUCAUGUUGUGAUCGACAGAUGAACAGCAGUCAUGUUGAACUUUCGCUUUGCUUUUCGCCGCUACAGUUAUGGCUUAAAUAAUUGACACAACGAUGUCCGAUAUACUAAUGAAAGAAAUGGAGAGUAUAUCUAUCGGCCCGGUGAAGGCGGAGGAGCGUCCCGACGGAGUCCGGAGCUUCCUGCUGGUGGAUGAACUCGAGAACCUGCAGGUCCGCGACGAGUCUGAAUUCGUGGACAGACUCGGCUGCGGGGACACGGCAGGGGUCAAGGUCCUCUCCAUCUUUGGCAACACCGGUGAUGGCAAGUCCCAUACCCUCAAUCACAUCCUGUUCGGUGGUGAGAGUGUUUUCUACACCUCCAAGUCCCCCAGUUCCUGUACGGUGGGAGUGUGGGCUGCGUAUGACCCCAGCCUCAGCCUGGUCGCCCUAGAUACUGAGGGCCUGCUGGGAGCGGCAGUCAAUCAGAACCAGAGAAUGCGGCUGCUGCUAAAGGUAUUGGCGGUGUCUGAUAUUGUAGUGUAUCGCACACGGGCAGAGCGCCUCCACAACGACAUGUUCCUGUUCCUGAGCAGCGCCUCAGGGGCCUACCUGAAGCAUUUCACCCCGGAGCUCAGGGCCCUCUCCAGCCGCUGUGGUCUAGACGUGCCCCUUUCCUCUCUUGGGCCAGCCGUUAUUGUCUUUCAGGAGACGACACACACCCAGUUGCUUGGUCAUGAUUCUAAGGUGGCUGGCCACGCUGACACACUGCUCCAGAAGCGUUUUCACGACCUGGGUUUGGGGACACAGGCCUUUAGCUCAGUGCAGUAUGUAGGCACUCAGACCAUCACACCUCCCACUGACUACAGCAGGUUGCUUGAAGCCGUCAAGCAGCAAGUCAAGAACACUCACACACGCUCCCCUCGUCAGCCCGGGAUAGUGUUUCAUGCUCUGGAAGCACUAAGUGAGCGUUUCUGUGGGGAACUGUCAGAUGACAAGAUGACCCCAUACUCCUUCUUUCCAGACGAGUACUUCACCUGCUCUGCUGUGUGCCUCAGCUGCAACAUUCGGUGUAAAAAUGGAAUGAACCAUCUGAGAGACAGGGUCCCCCACUCGGCUGAUGGACUGUGCCAGUAUGCACACCAGUACAACAACAAGGUCCUCAUCUGUAAGCGGUGCUAUGAAGGAGGCAGGGAGGUGAUUGUCAUCCCCAAGACGUCAGCUUCCAAUGAAAACCCAUGGUUUGGACUUGCCAAAUAUGCCUGGUCAGGCUAUGUGUUGGAGUGUGCUAGCUGUGGUGUAAUCUACCGCAGCAGACAGUACUGGAUGGGCAACCAGGACCCUGAGAGCAGCGUGGUGCGAUCUGAGGUCAAGCAUGUCUGGGAGGGGUCGGACAUGUUUCUAUCGUCCCAUCAAAACGCGGCCCAGAGGGUACUGGAUGGGAUGAACUACAUGAUCCAGUCAGUGUCAGAGUACAGCACAGGCCCCACUAAAGCUGUCACUGCCUGGCUCACUGAUCAGGUAGCGCCACCAUACUGGAGACCCAACACAGAGAUCACUGCAUGUCAUGGCUGUGAGAAGGUGUUCGCAGAGGCAGAAAGGAAACACCACUGUCGAUCAUGCGGCGAGGGUUUCUGCCAUCCCUGCUCCAGCCACAGGAUGCCCGUGCCAGAGAGAGGCUGGGGCAGCGGUCCUGUCAGGGUGUGUAAGGCCUGCUACCGACAGGGAGGACCAGCUGACACCAACAGCCAGGUGUGUAAGGUGGAGCCUCGUGGUCUGAUAGCUCGCAGGGUGACAGAGGUGGCCCAGUCUACACUGGACAUGGUCACCACAGCUGUCGACUACCCUCUCUGUUUUGUGAAGGAUGUGGCUCGGCCAGAUUACUGGGUUCCUGACCAAGAAAUCACUCAGUGCCACCAGUGCUCUAAAACCUUCACCCCGGCAAUGUCCAAGCACCACUGCAGGGCCUGUGGACAGGGUGUGUGUGGCCGCUGCUCCACACACAACAGGCCUGUGCCCUCCCGAGGCUGGGACCACCCAGUCAGAGUGUGUGACAGCUGCCACGCCCGCACGGAUAGUCUUUGAGCUUUGUUUUAUAACCAGGUGAACUUCUCAAAGUGCACUCGGUCUUCCUCAGUUGAUCCACAAAAACACUGUGAGUCCUGCCACUGCUGCUCCAAGAGAAUGUGGAGGAUUAAUCAUACAGCACUAAAUGGCAGAAAUGGAAUCAGCCAUGGCUUGGUGUGAAAAGACAAGAUGUUUUGAAGCUUAAAAUGGUCUACACCUGGGCCUGGCGUUUUAUCUCAUCUCAUCUGCCUUCUUUGACCAACUAAUUCCACAAGAGCUAUCAGGUAAAGCUCACUGCAGUCCCUCUGCACCAGUCAAACUCCUCUAUAAACAAGCUGGACAAAUGGAAAGUUGGACGUUGGAUUUUAAUGUGGACAUGUAUUUGAAACUCAAGACAUGACACUCUUAACUGUCAUUAUAACAGCAGAGCCUGUACUCUUAUCUCCACUCAAGUGUGUUUUUCCUUGUUGAUUUGUGUUUGCACAGGCCUGCAACAUGCUGCCUAUUCUUAAUUUGAACUAUUUGUUCAGUCACAAGGGUGCACUGCGAAUGGCAGGAGGUUUUUAAGUUUAAGGGAUAUUUCUAACAUCUCAGCUACCUGUCUUUGCACAGCCCUAAGAAAAGUAGAGACUGUGAGGCGAUUUUUGUUUUUAACCCCCCCCCCGAGCUAUCUCUCUCUCUGAGGUCUGAAAAUUAGAGACAGAUGGGUAAACACAAAGUAUUUCAGACUUCUGGAAAACUUUGUGUGCAUGUGUGUGUGACUGUUCACUCUGCCCAAAAUUAGACGUGAGAUGGGGAAACAGGAGCUACAGCAGCGUGUGCCUUCAUCGGAAUCUUGAUUCCUUUUUCAGCCUCUUCCAUAUCUGCAAGGAGUAAUCAGAUUAUUGUGCCUAAUACAGAGCAAUGAAAUUUACAGCCUCUGAUCUAGCUCUUACAGUUGUAUCUACGAUAUGGUGACAUGAAUAGGGAAAUAAAAUCUGUAGCACAUUAUAGACAUUCCAACGUAUGGAUAUAAUAGCUGUGUAUUGAUGUAGAUGUACCUUCCUGAUGCUAUUAUAGAAGAUGGGCACUCUCUUGAGCCACUGAUGCUUCAAAAGAAAACUCUUGAUGUAAUAAAUACACUGGCACUAGACUGAAUAAUUGAGUUGUUUUGAUAUUUUGAACAGCACUCAAAUCAGUUGCAGUUUGCAAAUUAUAAACAUGUAGAUGGAUAAUCACACUCUGUGUUCAAGGGAGUUUCUCUGCGUAACAAACUGUAACAUACUGGAUGCAUUAAUGCCAUUCUCCUCUUUGUCUAGAAAUAAUCAAUUCAGUUUUAACAAGGUUUUCCAGUGAAAUCUAGCAAUUGACAAUCGGCGAUUUUCUUUCAUAAAUGAUGCUCGUCCAAAUAAAGAAAAUAAGGAAAG